AUCAGUUGCGCGCUUGGUGGCGGCUACAGGCACUUUCGGACAGCAUUGCUAUUGCGUGGAAGACAAUUUUUCAGCAAUUUGCAGCAGUACAAUCAAGGCAUGGGCGAGACGCAGCUCGGACAAGUGGCACCAGCGAAUAGCUGCAAGAAUGAGGCAAUCUCCACCCUCUGCAAGAAGCGCUCACUGCGACGGCGGAUAGUGGACAGCCGCUGGUUAUUCAACAAUAUCCACGUAGGCGAGGUACUCAUCGACUGCCGCUCGACCGAACAGCACCAUACUAAUACGGUGCUGGGGGCCAUCAAUGUGCCACCACCGGAGGACAGCAAAAACAGCAGCUGCGACGAGUACAUCGAAAAGUUAGGACUACCGUCUGCCAAGCGCUCGCUGCGAGACUUCCUUCUCUUCGCGGAAGAGGAAGACGUUGUGAACCCGGAGUCGUGGUUGCAUAAGCUAGAGCAAUUCUUCAUUGACGAAGGACGAGCUGCCAGUAUUAAAGUGCUCUGCGAGGGGUUUAUGAAGUUUUACAAGCGCUACCCGUUCUACACUCCGGUGGGCAUCGUUGACGACGGCGUGCUGCACAGCGGCGACCACCAGGUUUCGUAUCCAAAUGAAAUUGUCGACAAUUUUUUAUUCCUCGGGAAUAUGUGGCAGGCCCAGUGCAAACAAGUAUUCCAGGACCUUGGAAUCACUCAUGUGGUGAACGCGACCCGCAAGGUGGACAACGUCUUCGAGAAGGACGGAGUCAAGUACUUCAAUGCCAAGCUGGAUGACAAGCCUGACGCGAACAUCACGCAGUUCUUCAAUUCAACAUACGAGUUCAUCGCAUUAGCUCAGCGCUCGACGACUGCGGACGGCAAACCCUGUCGGGUGCUAGUACACUGCACGCAUGGAAUCUCGCGAUCAGCGACGCUAGUGAUCGUGUACGUCAUGCGAGCUUAUCAUUGGUCGUUGGCGCAGGCGUUCAACUUUGUGCGCUCAGGCCGCGGCGUAGUCGUCCCGAAUGAAGGGUUCUUGCGUGCACUGCAGCGAGAGGAGAAGCGACUGCUCCACAACAAGUGCAGCGUGACAGAAGGCGAGCUUGACCUGUUGACGAGCGGCAGUCUGCCGAGCCAACCAGCAAGGUUGCAGAGGCGGACGUCUCCGUUGAUAGAGCUGGCAGCAGAACCAUCCAAGGACGGCCAGUGCUCUGUCAUGUGA